AUGGAAGCCGCAAGGAGACCCGCGCAAGGCGGCAGGCGAGGGAGAGGUCGGCCUCAGCGGUCGCCCCACGCAACAGCGUCCCAGCAGAAGGAUAACCCAACGGACCGGAAGGAGGCAAUCCUGAAGUGGCUGGGCCAAGACCGCCCGGAACAGGCACUGGAGAGGUCGUAG